CUCAUCCUCUUGCUUUUCACACCUUUGCGAGCGCUACCUUGAACAUGGGAUCACACAGCAUACCUACUAGGUGAGUUCACUGACCUAUUGUCUCUUCGUCUUGUCUUGCUCUGGUGGUCAACAUGACGGACGACGGAACCAUCAAUCGCCAUCAUGCGAUGGCUUGAAAACCAGAGGCCGCUGCUACCCCAGGUUUGCUAUCUCCCUACAUCACGUGGGAACUUUCUCCGACUUGAUCCAAGUGUCCGCUUGAGCCGGUCUACCUUGGGCAUCCGUAUGGGGGGCCAGGCCAUUCCAUACAAAUCAACCGCUAACAGCAAGCGCAUAUGGCAAAUGGGCGUGUCGCCUGCCACCUGCCACGCUUGCCAACGAUUGAUGUGCGCUAUGCUCAACAGGUACGGUUCUUAUGCCUCAAGUCAAGCAGCCGAUGCCAGCCCGCCCCGACACCGUUUACACCUGUCCUCAAAAACAGGUUUCUCUCUCUCUCUCUUUCUGUGUGUGUCACCCGAGAUGAAACUUUGUUUUCGCCCCGAAUCACUUGACACACGGCAAGAGGGCUGGACAGCUCUCGAAAUCCGGCCCCUGCAGGCUCUGUUGCAGGUCCUCUUGAGUUUGCGAACCUCUCAAACAACAUACUUCUGGGCCGCGACGAAUCAGACAUUGAUACACCCUCUGUCUUUCAUCAUCCUGUGCGCUUCCGGGUCUCCUUGUCUGGCCAUCCAGUCUUUGAACGGGCAGCAUGGUACAUCUCUCUGGAGCGCCACGUACGUCGGCUUGCGCUGCAGUGCACAUGCGCCAGCCGGCCUUACGCUCACGGACCACGAUCCGAAAUCAUCUGCCUCGGUGAGGAAGCGGUUACUUGAGCCAACCCAUCUCGAUUCAGGUCGUCGUUAGCUGCCCUCAGUCAGCUUGGCAUCACCGAAUUUGCUGGGCACUUUCUUCUGUUUAUUCAACGACGGGCAGCUUUACUUUGGAACCAGUCCGUCAUCCUACCUGCAAUCUUGCAGUACCAACGCUUUCCUGUGGUUGACUGGGGAAGAUUCAACAACGUUGCCCUGAGCUUACACUCUCAAGGUUGCUUAAUCCCACGCAUCGCCGCUAGCAGAUCGGCUGUCUGUCUGUGACAAUGGCACUUGCGUUGCUGCGUACUAGCGCCGCAGAUCCUCACCAGCAUUACGCACCACGGUUGAAAGUCGCACUCACAACUAACUCCUAGUGCACACUCAACAAGGCACAACACAGUGCAAGUAUACGUUGCCACCGCUCUGGGAUAGCCGCUGCAUCGCUGAAGCUUCCCUCGACUGCGCCUCAGUCUCUCACCAA